UAUCACUUCAAAUGUGGGGUAUUUCCAUUUUUACAGAAAGUUAACGGGUCUAUUGUGCGAAACUGUCCCCUGCUACAUGUACCUAUAUUUUUAAGUUAUACAACUCUAAGGCUAAUAUUAACAAGAAGGUACAUUUUUUAAAAAUAUUCUUUAAAAUACAUUCUCAUCAAUCCCACAGAAACGAAAACAUUAAUUCUACAGACACACAUACAAUACGCUCUUGUGCGGCCUGUAACACCAGUUUUUUCCUCUGCAUGUCAGGAAUUUUUGUCUGUGGGUGUGCCCCGCCCCUCUCUUUUCCCUUUUUAGUCUACGCUACUGAAAUAUUCCAACCUAUGGCAUUGCGAAAUCCAUCUAUUAGACUUUAAAGUACAAUCGUGUUGAACGUUGGAAAUUUGUAAAUUAUUUCUGUUAUCUUAGGAAAUGUACCCCAUAUAUCCCACGAGAUAAUCGGGCACUGAUAAGGGGUUUACGUAUGGAUAAAUAGAGUACGAUUAAAAAAGGGACACAUAAUCCGUGCAGGCUGUUAUAGUUUCAUGAUGUUCCGUUUAUACUAUUGUUGUUUUAUAUUUAAUUUAGCUCUUCUGUUUUAUUGUACGUCAGCAGGAUCAGGAACGGUAACCGGGGCUCUGACCACAACACAAGAUCUAAAUUGCUCCAACUGUCAGUCAGAUUGUAACAAACGAACAGGACAUUGUGACGGAUCUUGUUCUUUUGGCUUCUUCGGCGAUGACUGUAACGAAACUUGUGUUCCCAACUGCUUCCGGUGCAACAGAACAACGGGAGAAUGCGACUAUUGUAAAGAUGGAUUCUAUGGGAACAUGUGUCAGUCAAACUGUUCCUCAACGUGUUUGUAUGACUGUGACCAAAAUGGAAAGUGCUUUGGAUGUUUCAAAGAAUAUUUUGGUCCUCAGUGCCAGUACAUAUGUCCCCAAAACUGUUCCUUCGGUUGUGGUCGUGAUAAAGGUUCUUGCGCUUAUGGAUGUGUGAAUGGAAUGUGGGGCGAUUAUUGCAACAAAAGUUGUCCCAGCAACUGUGAGUCCUCCUCAUGUCACCAGGGAAGCGGUAAUUGCUGGACAUGCAAGCCAGGUUUUGGCGGAAAUCAAUGUUCCACCCCGUGCGAAGAUGAACAUUGCUCUCUCUGCACCUAUAACGUCACUUCAUGCAGUCAAUGUCAUGAUGGUUGGUAUGGUACUCACUGUGAAAAAAGUUGCCCUUUAUCACACUGUAGUUCUCCUUCUUGUGACAAGGUGACCGGUAAAUGUGCUUCAUGUGAGAGUGGUUGGUUUGGGGAAUACUGUGAAAACAAGUGUAUUGAGAACUGCGAUCUUUGUUCAGAUACAAAAACCUGCGAAAGUUGUAAAGCUGGCUUUUAUGGGUACUUUUGUAAUAUUCCUUGCCCAACUGAAUGUAAAGAUUGUGAUAGGACUGGUAACUGUAAAACAUGUAUAGACGGUUUCAAGGGGAAAGACUGCAAGUGCCAAGUUUCUGAAUGUACAAAUGUGACACAUCAUAGAUGUAGUCAGUGUAGAAACGAUACAUCUUGGUAUCAUUUUGAAGAUGCCUGCUGUCCUUGUAGUGAACACUGUAACCAUACAGUCAAUACAAACAUGUGUCAGCCAGAAAAUGGAAGUUGUGUUCAUGGUUGCCAGGAAGGUUAUUUCGGGGACCAGUGUUUUGAAUCUUGCAGUGAAAACUGCCUUCCCGGAAAUCAAACAAUGUGUAGUAAUGCAACAGGAGACUGCCAAAAUGGUUGUCUUCCAGGCUGGUUCAAGCCCAAAUGUGAUUUCAAUUGUUCUUACAAUUUCCCACAUUGCAUGGAAUGUAAAGAGCAUAAUUAUUCCCCAACAGACACAAUUGUUCAGUGUUACAGAUGUGGACCGGGAUUUUAUCGCGAUUUUCAAACCGGUUUCUGUAAACCCUGCUACAACUGCUUGAACAAUUCUUGUGAUGGCGUCACCGGUCUUUGUACGUUUGGGUGCCAGAAGGGCUGGUAUUCCUUUUCUAAUAUCCACUAUCAGUGUCAGUUUCGCUGUGGAGAAAAUUGUCUGGAACGGACGUGCAACAGUUCGGGCGGUGGCUGUUCUGCUGGCUGUAUCCAUGGGUAUUACGGCCCUCACUGCCUAACAACCUGCCCUGGUAACUGUGAAAACAAAACAUGCGACAGAGAGACAGGGAACUGUCUGCACGGAUGCAUACCCGGAGAGUACGGGAGUCAUUGUUACAUUUCUUGUGGAUCACAGUGUGGGGCCUCGGGAUGUGACGAGAAGACGGGGAGGUGUGUAGAAUGCACCUCUGGUGGUUAUGGAGAGGAGUGUGAAAAAAGAUGUCCCGGAUGUUAUCAAGGAGACUGCGAUCGUAUCACCGGAGAAUGCACACAGCACAAAUGCCGACCAGAUUUUUACGGUCCGUUCUGUAAUACCACCUGUGUGGAGAAAUGUUUGACAUGCGACGAGCAAUCUAGACGCUGUAUACAAUGUGAUAUAAAUCUAACCGGAAGUAAAUGUGACAAAGUGUGUGGAAAAUGCCUUCAUGGUAAAUGCAUUCACGGCACAUGCGCAGAUGGAUGCGUUAAUGGAUAUUUCGGCGAACUGUGUUCCGAGAAAUGUAAUUCUACUUGCAAGUCCAAUGUUUGUAAUUUCAAGUCUGGUAUUUGCACAAGGGGAUGUCAGCCUGGUUGGGAUGGGGUGUUUUGUGAAGUUAACACAGCUGCCGAGUCCAGAUCCAGCAAGUCCAAAUACUCAACAGGGGAAAUAAUUCUGAUCGUUUUGGGAUCCAUAGCAGGGUUUAUAAUUGUUGUUGUCCUUGGCUGUUUGUUGUACUGUCAUAGGAGAAAUCCAGACAUGGGCUGUUAUUCGAAAUACGAGGAGGCCGUGAGCAAGCUCUUUGCCAAAUACGGAUUCUUCGUAUCGAAAUACCCCUGGCCAGUUCUCGUUUGUUGUAUAUUAACGAAUUUGCUUCUGGGGAUCGGGCUGAUGCGAUUGGAAAGCGAAAGUAGCACCGAGGUGUUGUACACGCCCGUCAACAGCCAGGCCAGCGUGGAUAGGGACAGAGCUAGGGGUCUGUUUAAUAUGAACUACGAGCAAAAUUUUGACUCUUUCGCUCAAAUUGAGAUUAAUCAGCCAACAGACAUCAUUUUUCGAACCAAAUCAGGAGAGAAUAUCUUUCAGAAAAAAUACAUCGACGAAAUACAAUUCAUUGAUAACCUUAUACGGAAUUCCAUCUCGGUUGAGCCAAAUGUGACUUUAAUAGAUGUCUGUUCCAAAGUUAGGGGAGUCUGUGCGGUGUCUGGUGACAACAUUAUCUCCAGUGCAUUUCUGGAUGCAGUCAGCAACGGGCGGAUUUCUUUCCCUAUGUAUGAAAGGCGCGACAUUUCCAGAAACUUAGGCGACGUACAUCACGUUAAUGGAACUUUGGCAUCAGCUGUUUUUAUACGUUUGAACUACAAUCUCAUCUUUAACAACGACAUGGCCACACUGUGGGAAGAGAAAUUCAUCAACAGAAUGAAGGACUAUACCUCUGCGUUACUCGAAAUCGCAAUAUCAACGUCUCAGUCAUUAGACGUUGAACUGAACAGUAAUAUUUCGGGAGACAUUUUAUGGAUUUCGCUAACGUUCACCAUUAUGCUUACAUACGCAUCUCUCGCAACCACUGGAACUCGUAUCAACUGCAUAGCGGACAGACAGAAUUUAGGUCGAGCGGGGGUACUAGCCACGGUUCUGGCGGUCCUUGGUUCUUUCGGACUGACGUCUGCCGUUGGAGUAAAGUAUGUGUCUUUGGUAGGAGUGAUGCCCUUCCUGAUUGUGGGUAUUGGGUUAGACGAUGUAUUCAUUUUGCUGUCGGGUCUGGCAGAUGCUCCGAUCACCAAACCUGACGGAACACCUAGCAACAUCGAAGAGCGGAUAUCAUUUGCCAUGGCAACGAGCGGUGUCUCUAUAUCCAUUACGUCUUUGACAGACUUCCUGGCCUUUGGUAUUGGAUCAAGCUCAAGUUUUGUCAGCAUAAGAAAUUUUUCAAUCUAUACAGGAGUGGCUGUGUGUUUCUGUUACGUCAAUCAACUGACAAUGUUCGUGCCGUGCAUGGUCAUCAACGAGAGGCGCGCGGACACGUCACGUCACGCAUUCACUUGUAUGAAGACGAAAUCGAAAGAAGAAAUGAAAGAGGAAGGGAGAUCUUCCCUCUUUCAAAUCUGCUGUGCUGGAAGGCCCGCAAAAUCAUCACAAGAUUAUGAAAACUUUAUCCAAAAGUACUCAACCAAAUUUUGUCAAUUUCUUGUUGGUCACAUUGCGGGAAAGGUGUUCAUUGCAUUGUUAUUCCUUUCGUAUUUAGGCACCUCUAUUUACGGAUCUAUGAAUCUUCAACAAGGUUUAGAGUUACAAAAUCUUGUCUCAGAAACCUCGUAUCUUUACAAGUUCAACUUGUGGGAUAAAUUGUAUUUUGGCGAUUCGACCCCCGUUUCGUUUAUUUACAAUGAACCGUUGAAUUAUCACAGGGAGGAAAUUCAAGAGGAAAUAACUUCCCUUGUUUUGAAAAUUAAAGCGGAUCCUCAAAUAUCUUCUUAUUAUGAGAGAAACUGGUUAGACGCGUACCAUAAAUUUCCCCUGUUUAAUAGUUCAUCAGAAAAAGCCUUCAUUAGUGGUCUCAAACAGUUUUUGAAAUAUCGCCCAGAUCUCGUGAACGAUAUUACAUUCGAUAGUUCGGAAACCUCAAUUACUGCCUCAAGAAUUUACUUUAUAUCGAACCAAUUGUUGAGUACAACAGAUAGCGGAGACUUGAUGGAGAGCGUGAGAACACUGGCAUCUGGGUCUACAUUACCCGUAUUUGCUUACACCCCAGCAUUCAUAUUUUAUGAGCAGUAUGUUGCAAUCUUUCCAGCGACCAUGCAGACUCUUGGCAUAUCCAUUGGAGUCAUGAUGGUGGUGACGGCGAUCUUUAUGCCUAAUGUGUUCCUUGUUGCCUUGGUUACCGUUACACUCGUGGUCAUUCUUCUUGGUAUCGUAGGUUUUAUGUACUUUUGGGACCUGACCUUGAGUUCUAUCACUAUGAUCGACCUGAUAAUGACGGUUGGUUUCUCAGUAGAUUUCAGUGCACAUAUAUGUCAUGCUUAUAUGUCUGUCACGGGUAAAACAAGAAAAGAGAAAGUUCAGAAUGCAAUAGGUCGUUCAGGUGGGCCUAUUUUCAAUUCUGCACUAUCAUCUAUUUUGGGUAUUCUCAUGUUGAUAUUUUCCAAAAGUUACAUAUUCUUGUCCUUCUUCAAACUCAUGUUCACGGUGAUGAUUUUUGGUUUGUUUCAUGCUCUGUGGGUUCUUCCGUUAUUUUUAUCCGUGAUUGGCCCAAUGGUGCAUAGUGAUGUGGGAAAUGACAAAGAAGAAAAAGCAAGCACAGACAAAACUGAGUUUCAUCAAGACAAAAUGGAUAGGCUGCGACUGGAAAAGGUCGAGGAAGGGGUCAAAGAAGACAAAGACUCCGAGCAGAAGACAGAAUCGGGACAGCUAUCAGAAGAAACCCAGCACAAGGAGGAGAUGGAGACGGAGGAUCCGGAAAACACUGUCAAACACACGACUUGUAUAGACGUGAAGCUGUGA